AUGGGCCUUACCACUCCGACGCUGGAAAUCGGUGCUCUCUUACUGACAGCUUUCCUCUACGGAGUCUGGAGAUUCUAUGGAUUCUUGCGCAUCGUAUACCUUACUCCCUUAAGUGACCUGCCGGGCCCACCGUCGUCCAGUUGGGUAUAUGGGAACAUGAGAGAUAUCGCCGCUGUGGACGAGAAUCUUCUCCCGGACACCUGGUUCACGCGGUAUGGAAAGAACCUGAUAGAUCGCGAGUUCUUCAUGCGGCCGCGUGUAUGGUCGCUCGAUUCACGGGCCAUCCAACACGUUUUGUCCCAUCCCAACGACUUUCCCAGGACAGACGAACUACAGCGGAGUCUUCGCGAUCUCCUGGGGGCAGGCGAAGAGCACCGGAGACAGAGGAGAAUACUUAAUCCUGCAUUCGGACCAGCGCAAAUCCGUGACCUCACCCACAUCUUUGUCGAGAAGGCUAACGAACUACGUGAAUACUGGACUGAAGCCAGUGCACGAAGUGGCUCUGUCCGAGUGAACGUAAACGACGAUCUCAGCAAACUGACGCUCGACAUCAUUGGCCAAGCAGGAUUCGGAUACGACUUCAAUGCCAUGAACCCCGCAGAGAAACCCAACGAGCUCUAUCUCGCGUUCAAGGGGCUAUUCAUGACCAAUCCGCCGAUCUUUGCGCUGAUGCCCAUCCUACUCUUCUGGUUUCCCAUCCUGAAGCGGAUCCCCAUGCACCGCACGGUCACCGUCAAGCAUGCGUCCGAGACCGUCCACCGCAUCGGCGCGCAGCUGGUGGCAGAGCGGAAAACGGCUAUCCUCAGGGAGGCUUCGGAGAAACACUUGAAACGCGAGGAUUUGCAAGGCCGCGACCUCCUGACGCUCCUCGUCCGCGCCAACAUGGCAGAGGAUAUUCCAGAGAGCCAGCGGCUUUCGGACGAGGACGUCGUCAAUCAGAUUCCAACCUUCCUCCUCGCGGGACACGAGACGACGAGCACGGCGUCCACGUGGGCCCUCUAUUCGCUCUCCCGGUACCCAGCGGCCCAGCAGAAGCUUCGCGAAGAACUGUUCUCCAUCCAGAGCGACACGCCGACCAUGGACGAGCUCUCUGCUCUACCGUACCUCGACGCCGUCGUGACCGAGACCCUCAGGCUGCACUCCCCGACUGCAAUGCUCGUGCGGGUCGCGGCGAAGGACGACGUGAUCCCACUCAGUGAGCCGUUCACCGAUCGCCACGGGAAGAUGCACAGCGAGAUCCGGGUCACGAAGGGCCAGAAGUUCGUCGUUCCUGUAAUGGCCCUGCAUCGUUCCGCGGAAAUAUGGGGCGAGGACGCAAGGGAGUUCAGGCCCGAGCGCUGGCAACAACCCCCUGAGGCUAGCUCGGCCAUCCCUGGCGUCUGGGGCCGCCUGCUCACCUUCAUCGGGGGCCCGCGCUCGUGCAUCGGCUACCGUUUCGCCGUCGUCGAGCUGAAGGCGAUUUUGUUCACGCUCGUGCGCGCGUUCGAGUUCGAGCUCGCGGUGCCUGUGGACGACAUCGUCGUCAAGACUACACAUACGGGGCACCCGUCUCUGCGAAGCGAGCCGGAGAAGGGGCACCAGCUUCCGCUUAUCAUCAAGCCGUACAAGGCUGCUUGAGCUGUGUGAUGGACUCACGGCGCGCUAGGCUACGAUACAGUAUUGGACAGUGUGUUUGGCGUCGGUAUCGCGUAUUCGGACUUCUUAUGACGCUGUUAGGUCGACUUAUUGCCAGGAGCAUCUGAUAAUUGAUACCCUUCGUUCUUUA